CUCCUGGCCCACCUCUUGACUCCCCCUCCCCCUUCAAGCCCACUUCCCUCCAGUAUAAAAGGCACAAGCCCCCAGCAGCUGCCCUGUUUCUGCUUGGAGCAGCGGCUACCUGAGGAGCAGCUUUGGUGCAAACAGCCUUCCCACCACUGCUCCAUCAUGUGCCAUCUGAUCCCAUGGACACCACGUGCCCAGUGGUCACCGAAGCACUUAAAGCUGGCCACUGUCUACAUGCUGGUGCUCUUGGUAUCGCUCAGCUUUGCUUCAGGACAGAGCAGGCCAUUUAAACAUCAGAUAGACAACAGAAGUCCCGAGAUCGAUCCUUUUUGGUACGUGGGCCGUGGCGUUCGCCCCAUCGGCCGGUUCGGGAAGAGGCAGCUGAGAAGCAGCCGUGGCAGCUGGUGGCCUGUGAGCCAGCACUUGGAUUUCAUCUUGAACGCUUUGUGGGAGCAAAAAGUGUUGGACACAGAAGACAAUGACUGGUGAUCCCUGUUCCCUGAGGCACUGACCUAACCUCUGCUCUUUGAAUUGCACCCUCCCCUGCACCUCAGACCUCCAGUUCUGCUUUUGCUUAGCAAUCUCACACUGCUUUUCUUUCUGCUACUUGUGCAAGAUCCUUCAAAAAGAAACAUGUUCCAGGUGCAGGUAAAAGACAAUGCAUGGACAUCAGCACCAAGUGCCAGCAUAGCUUAUAAAAAUGUUUCUUCGUCUCACAUCCCCACCAAUCUCCUGAUGCUGUUCACUGUAACAUUAACUUUAUCCAAAAACAACACAGCUUUUGUGUUGGGAUUUAAACUCUGCAGUGUUAAGCGUAUCAUGAAACCUUCCUGUGACAUUCCAAAGCCAAUGGCUGUUGAUAAGUAAAAAUAAAAAGCAAUGGUUGGAAGAAAAAAAAAAGGCUCUCAGUAAUUUUUAAUGUACUUGCAUCAAUGGCAUGAAAUGCUGGUGCUCUGUCUGUAGUUUUUAUAUAGAUGGGUAACAUCCACUCGUAGGAAUGUGACCCUGAACCAUACACUGGCCCUUCACGAUUCUGCCUGUACUGCUGGAGAGAUACAUUAAUGAACAAAAAAGGAGUUCCUAUCGAGGAUAAGUAUCUUCUCCCAGCUCAAGAAAAAUGUAAAACUGGCUAAUUAAACUCUUCAGAGCAGUUUUGUGCCUACCGUGUGUAAUGGCGCACCAUUAUCCAAAAGGGGUAAGGGCUUAAACUAGCUGGUGCCCUUGAAAACAAUGUCAUUGUUUGUAAGUGCAUUAUCUGAUUGAGCUGAAGUCACUCUUUGAGGAUCACAAGCAAUAUACCAUCUGCUGCAUUAGCCCACAUCAAUAAGCCCAGGGUUGUGACUCAAUACUCAUGUUUGCCAUGGUAAUUAACUUUGUUAUACUCAUUUUAUAAGAAGUGUUAUUCACAAUAUGUUUCAUCUUAAUAACUAUUACCAAUAAUAAUAUUCAAAUGCAUUUUAAUCUGUGAUGUCUUACAUCCAAAAAAGAUAGUUUACAAUGUAGCUAAUGACUGAUGGCUAAAUCCAGGCCAUGAAUCAUUCUGCAAAAGACAAAUUAGAAUGAACUUGCAUUUCUAGUUGUGUUUUGUUAGAAUUACUACUAAAAUUUAAUAUUGGUUGAAUUAAUCACUGCAGAUAAUUUAACCCCUUUUUUCUUUUUGAAUGGUCUGUCAGCAAGGAGUGGAAUUUUAUUAUAAGACAGUUACUCUUAUCAAUAAUACAACAUAUAACUCCCCAAGUGUUACUUAAAACAUGCUAGUUUAAAUGAACGCCCUCCUUGUGGAGAAAAUAUGCUGAUAAAGAAGUAUUUUGAUCAGCAUUCAUCACAUGAGACUUCAGAAAUCCUAGACUAAGAUGAGCGGUGGGGUUCCUGCUCAGUUUGUCAUUUUGUGGAGAUGACAGUGACAGCUACAGGAAUUCUGCCUGGGAGACUCUGUUUGAGAUGGUAUUUCACCCAACAGCCUCGACGGCUGGGACAAGAUGAACCAUCAAAUGUUCCUAACAGGAUUCCUCCCACCCCAGCCCCAGUGGAAAAAACCUGAACUGAGGGUGUUAAGGUGAAUUCCUCCCUGCAGCUGCGCCAGGUUCUUUUGCGGAGCUGCGGGUCUCCUGGGGUUAGUGAGGGACAGGUCGCUUGUGGACAGGCAGCCCGAUCUGCGUGUGUCCUGGCUGAAGAGCACAGAAAUGCAAACAACAGAGAAGAACUUUUGUUUUUUCUUUAUGAAUCAAGUCCUUGAAAAGGCAUUCUUUUCAUAAAUCGCUUUUACUCUUUCAUGAUUUCUCUUGACAGUAUUUCUUGGUGAGUAUGCAGAUAACAACGACAAGGCAAGCUUAAUAUUCACUCAGACUUAAUCAAAUAGAUCAUAUAUUCUUCAUUUUACCCAUUAAAAUAUUUUCAUUUAUAAAAAUUAAUCUAAAUAUAAAUAUUACACUAAAGAUUGAAAUCACUUGAUGACAAAAUAAUUCUUUGUGUGCUAUAACAUAUGCUUUUAUGAUUUUUUUAAAACAGUAAAUUAUAUCUUUGCACAUAUUUGGCACAAUAAACAUUUGUAAAAAUUCAAA